CGCUGCUAGGGCGGGCGCGGACGGCAGGGGGCGGUCGAGGGCGGGCGGUGUCCGGGGAGACGCAGCGGGCGGACGCGGCCCGGAGGUAAACUUUAAUCAAGGUCUGAGUCCUGUAACGAGCCUUUGGCCGGUGAGACCUCGACAUGGACUUCUUGCCAGAGAUGUCCGCGAGGGCAUCUUCUGGCAGAAGGCAGGCCACUGAGGGCUUGGACACAAGGUUCAGUGCUUGGACGCCUCUCAUCAACAAACCCUGCAAUAAGCAGCUCUUUCAGGAAAGAGUUGGCCUUAUUAGCCAUUGGUUUGAUCUUUGGACAGACAAACAACGCAAACAAUUUCUGCAUACAAUAUUGUUGAAAUGUAGUAAAUCACAACUAAGAUUUACCCAAGGCUGGUUGGCAGAGAGGAUUCCGGCAUCCGCGGUGGAUUUCUCUACAGUGUUACCACGUUUCAUUUCUCUGUUCAUCUUCUCCUUUCUGAACCCCAAAGAUCUGUGUGCAGCUGCUCAAGUUAACUGGCACUGGAAGUUUUUAACUGAACAGGAUGGCCUGUGGAGACCCAAGUGCGUCAAGUUAGGAUGGUUUCUGCCAUACACCCCUGCAGUCAAUGAAUAUGCCGCUUGGAAGCAACAUUACAUUGCCUGCGUCGCCACUUUAGACUGGCUGAGCCCAAGGGAAGCCUCUGCCAUCUUCGGGACCGGCACGGGAUGGAAGGCACAGCAGGAGGAAGGGGAGGAAAGGCAAAGAGAGAAGUUCUUGAGGAAGAUGAUUUGGAAGAGAAUGGUGCAACAAAGGCGGGAGUUGUUCAGAAUUCGACCCCCUUGGGUGAGUGGAACAUGUUGCCAUGGACGCUUAAAAUCCAGAGUCCAUCCACGUCUCUCCCAAGCCAUGGAGGAGUCAAUGGAAUUAAGUUCAGCUCUGGAGAAAAGACUUGUAUUGGAGUCCGUAGAAGCUCUACCCAAAAGAAAGAAUGUGGCUGGAAGUCAUUCUUACCCUCGAUCAACCUAUGAACACCAGCGGGUAGUUUAUCAAGACCAUGACACCUUUUCUUGUCCAGCUCAGCCUUUCCUGGUGUUGAUAUCAUCUCGGGUUCCUGCGUUUGAGAUGGUUGUGGACAGCGUGAAGGCCGGCGUGGUGCCUCUGUUAUAUGAACACACUGGCAUGACAUUGGAAAGCCUAUUUUUCCUCAUAGAAAAGGCUCUGGACGGUCAGAAGGCACAGAGUAUUGGAAUAUUUUGUGAUGGAGAUUCCAGAGAGAUCAAUUUACUUCAAGGCUAUAAAAUUGGUGUUAAAAAUGUACUGAAAGCCGAGGUGAGAGAAUUUUGGAGGAAACUAGGAAACUGUGUGGUGACUCCAGAAGAAGGGGGUCACGUGGAUCUCUUCAUGCCCCUGGCAGCAUCAGAAGUGGGCAUGGAGCUCCUUUCCCAGCUGGCUCAACUAACUGGGGCAUCCUUCAGAACACCUGCCGGAAUAGCGACUGGAUCCUAUCAACGCGUUUUUAGUGACUGGCUCGGGCAAAAACCUGGUCAGGAUCCCUCUGCCACCUACUUCAGCGAAGUGAAACUUCACACAUGGAAUGGGCUGGCGGAACUCGUGGAAGAGACCUUGCAGUUGGUCAGGAAGCAGUUAAGGCCCCAUUUCAAGGAGCUUCAGAAGAACCUGAGUGGCCGGAUUAUUGGCCAGUUCCUGUUCGAUUCCCUGAGCGUGGCUCGUGUUAAGACUCUUCGAGAAACGGCCGGCAUUUUAGUUGAUGGAUUGGUUGAGCUCUCUAAAGAAAAGUCUGAAAAUCCUUUGGAAUUUUUAUCGUAUUUCCUGUUGAAGAAAGGACAAGGUAGAAAGGACAGAGAAUUUGAAGACAAUGCUAUCCUGACAGAAUGUGACCCAGAAGCGACUCUAAAUUCGCUCCUCCAGGAAGGAAAUGUGAUUGAAGAUCAUUCUCGUAGCAGAAACCGUAGUAAAAGAGAAAAUGAACUUAAGUUUGAAGUGUUGGUGGAACUGGAGCGGAAGCUUCAGGAAGACGCUGUAGAAAAGAGAACCAAAGUUGUCGGGGAACUCUUGAAAAGCGAGAGGACGUACGUGCAAGUGUUGGAAAUAGUGAGAGAUGUUUACGUUGCUCCACUGAAAGCAGCUGUGGCAUCCAACAGAGCCAUCCUCAAUGCAGCGAACAUCCACAUCAUCUUCUCGGAUAUCCUGGGCAUUUUAGAGCUCAACAGCCAUUUUUUAGAUGAGCUGACAGGAAGACUCCAGGAAUGGGGUCCGGCUCAAUGUGUCGGAGAAAUAUUCACAAAGUUUGGAAGCCAACUGCACACGUAUACCAGUUUCCUCAACAACUACUCUGUGAUUCUGAAAUCCAUCGAUAAGUGUAGAGAAAGGAUCCCCUUAUUCCGUGCCUUCCUGAAGAGACACGAUCAGACGAUCGCUACUAAAAUGAUGAGCUUGCAGGAACUUCUCUUGUAUCCAACUAAGAGAUUUGAGGAGUAUAUCAACCUGCUUUACGCCCUGAGACUUCACACUCCUUCGGAGCACGCCGACCGGGAAGAUUUGACUACUGCAAUCGAGCAGAUCCGAAAGUACAGGGGUUUCAUCGAUCAGUUGAAGCAAAAUGUCAACAAGAAGGAUCAAAUGUUAAAAACACAACGAAUCAUCUCUGGAUGUCCUACCCUAACCGAGGACAACAGGUACCUGAUUAGAGUUCAGGAUGUAGCCCAGCUCCGCUACUGCGAUGAGGACAUCAUUUUCUCGUUAAGACUCUAUGAGCACAUCCACGACCUCAGCCUUUUCCUUUUCAACGAUGCCCUCGUUGUUUCCAGUCGUGGAAUCUCUCACAGCCCAUUUGAAAGGGCCUCAAAGACAACUUACCGGUUCUUGGCAUCAGUAGCCCUCCCCCGGCUUUUUGUAGAAGAUAUUCCUGACUCGCAAUAUGUCAAGAAUGCAUUUAUCCUCCAAGCUCCAACUCGUCAAUGGAUCUGUUCUACAGAAGUGGAAGAUGAUAAAUUCACAUGGCUCUCUGUGUUGCAGAGGGCCAUCAAAAGUGCUAUUGAGAAGUAAAAUUGGACCCAAAUGAAACAAAGGAACGUUUAUGACAGGCCCUCAAACAACAGUGUGUAUCUUUUCUGUGCCUCACAAUUAUCUGAGCAGGAGAUGCUUCUGGUUAACAAGAACAGUUGACUCCCUCUCUUUGAAACUAGGCCCAUUGUUACUUGAGAAUCAUUUGAACAUUCAGAUUCAAGAAGGAUAGGCCUUGAAGCUUGGAAGUCUCUUGAAGUAGUACACUCUGCAUCAAGUGGCAAUGUGGUCUUUAUAAAAACAUUCCCUGCAUCAUUAACCAUUCUCAAAAUGCGUGGUUCCAGUUUGAGGCUCACAGAUUUUCCAUAAGCAGUAAUUUGCACAAGGAAAGGUAUGAUUUGUUUAUUUUCCCUAAUUAAUGCUACAUUACUUCUUUAGAUGAUGCUUUGAGUUUUGUGAAUAACAUAUGCUAUUAAAUGGAAUUUUCACCCUACUUUGAA